AUCAGUAAAGUGCUACAGAAUCUUGAUUUGCUGUUCAUGGCUGCAGUGGUGUCUGGCUUCAACCUGCUGCUGCGUGAGAUCUUCGAGUUCUGUGCUUGGAUUGAGAAGCAUAACUCGGCCAUCACACGUGUUUAUGUCUCCAUCUUCAGGAACCUCCUGCUGAAGAUCAGCCUUGUUAUCAUACUGUGUUACCACUGGAUUGGAAAAAUUGCUGUGGAACAAGACCCUCAAGUUUCAAAGUGCUGGGAGAAUUUUGUGGGGCAGGAACUUUAUCGCCUGCUCCUGAUGGACUUCAUCUUUACAGUGCUUUACACUUUUCUAGGCGAGUUGGUAUGGAGGAGUUUCUCCCAAAAAAUCUUAAGAAAGAACAGAAAGCCAGUGUUUGACAUUGCUCAAAAUGUUCUGGAACUGGUAUAUGGACAAACCCUGACUUGGUGAUUGUAAUACAUUUGAAAUUGAUCAGAUCAUUAACAGACCUGCCUUAGACUGAUUUCCCAUUUUCUGCCUCCAGUCUCAAGGAC